GGGAUGAAGACGGUCCAACUAAGAAUUCGUCUUCUUCAUUUUACAUCCUUCUAAUAACAAUAAUAAUAAUAAUAAUAAUAAUAUAAUACGACGACCAGCUCCUCCUUCUCCUUUGCUCAACCGGCUCAUCUUUAUCUCAGCCGUCCUUCCGAUCCAUCCAUCCAUCCAUCCUUCCUUAUUUGAUCUCUCUCUCACCUUUUUGUUGUGAAUCCGAUCAAUCAUCGCCGAUUCUACCACUACCACCACCACCCUCCACUACUGGUUUGCUCUUUAACCCACACACCACCACACUGUCAGUCCGCUAUACCCUAUACCCUAUACCAUACCCACCUAGUUUCACACUUUUAACAACAAGAUUAAACAACAAAGGUAAAGAAAGCUUGUUCAUUAAAGAAAACAAUCAUGAGCUGCUUCAGCUGUUGCAUGGAAGAUGAUAUGCACAAGGCUGCUGAUAAUGGACCAUUCAUGACAAAUACAGCAGGCAACAAUGGAGGUUAUCAUGCUGCUGAAGCUGCACCGAAGGACACAAAAACUGUAGAUGUUCAGCCUAUUGCUGUCCCCUCCAUCCCAGUGGAUGAAUUGAAGGAAAUAACAGACAACUUUGGUACAAAGGCAUUAAUUGGUGAGGGCUCAUAUGGAAGAGUUUACUAUGGUCUUCUCACCAGUGGGCUGGCUGCAGCCAUUAAAAAGUUAGACUCCAGUAAGCAACCAGACCAAGAAUUUUUAGCACAGGUUUCAAUGGUAUCAAGACUGAAACAUGAAAAUGUUGUUGAGCUUCUUGGUUAUUCUGUUGAUGGCGGUCUCCGAGUCCUUGCAUAUGAGUAUGCUUCGAAUGGAUCUCUUCAUGAUAUUCUCCAUGGACGGAAAGGUGUCAAGGGAGCACAGCCAGGUCCAGUUCUGUCUUGGUUGCAAAGGGUUAAAAUUGCUGUUGGGGCUGCAAAGGGACUUGAAUAUUUACACGAGAAGGCACGGCCUUCUAUUGUCCAUCGUGACAUCAAGUCCAGCAAUGUCUUACUUUUUGAUGAUGAUGUCGCUAAAAUUGCGGAUUUCGAUCUGUCCAAUCAAGCCCCUGAUAUGGCAGCACGUCUGCAUUCCACUCGUGUUCUAGGAACAUUUGGUUAUCAUGCUCCAGAAUAUGCAAUGACCGGACAACUGAGUUCAAAGAGUGAUGUUUACAGCUUCGGUGUUGUUCUCUUGGAACUCUUGACUGGGCGUAAACCUGUUGAUCAUACACUCCCACGUGGACAACAGUCACUUGUGACAUGGGCAACACCAAAACUCAGUGAAGAUAAGGUGAAGCAGUGUGUUGACACUAGACUCGGAGGAGAGUACCCUCCUAAGGCGGUCGCAAAGAUGGCUGCUGUUGCUGCCUUGUGUGUGCAAUAUGAAGCUGAUUUCCGGCCAAACAUGAGCAUUGUUGUUAAAGCUCUCCAGCCUCUGUUGAAUGCUCGACCUGGACCUGCCAGUGAAACACCAAACUUGUGAAGUUUAAUUGUGUCAGCCUUUGUUGUCGAAUUUGUCAGUGAGAUUUGUUUGUUAGUAAGUUCAUAUACCUUCAUUGGACCCUUCAGUCAUCAAGAAACAAAAGUGGACUUUUCUUUGUAAUUUACAGAAAUCUUCUUGCAGAUGUACUGACUUGACUCAAGUAGUAUGGCAUUUAUUUUUAUUUGGCUUGUAUUAAAGGUUUUGAAUUGCUUGGCAGAGCCUUGUGUUCUUUGAUGUGGUUUUUGUCUUAAUAGAAUCAAUUAUAAGGAGGAAGGAAAGUGAAUAUUGUAAUAGAAUUUUCAGCUGGUUCUGAAAAUUACUCGGCAACACUCUUGCUGGCUGCUUUCCUUGAAUGGAGAUGUAUGGUUAUAUUUUUCA